AUGUCUAGGAAUUACGAAAAUUCCACAUCAUACACCGCUCCGCGUGAUUCGUCACAACAGGCGCUUGCCAAAGUACGAUAUACAUACCGAAAAGCAAGAGAACCAGGCCCCACAAAUCAUGUAUCUUCAGAUGAGGACGAUGAGAACAUUUUAGGACCACCGAAAUUGAGCAAUUUUGGAUCAGCACUUCUUUCGGACAUAGACGUCGAGCAGCGAUCAGAAGACAGAGUUUCAUCGACGGAGGAGAAGAGUAGAUCCAGCAGGCCGAAAACGGGUAAGGAAGCACCCGUUCUUCUGAGAAAUGCAUCUUCGAACACGACGACUCAUUCUUUCGAGAGCGGCGCACACAAUGCUCAUCAUACAGAGGAAGCUUCUCAAUCGACGCUUUUCGCGUCGAUGAAGAAUCAGCCGAGCAUGACAACAGUGGAUCCCAUCGCCAGAGGUUAUCAAGAAUCUAUUCUAGAUUUUUCUUCUGAAAAGAGUCCACGCAGCGUCGAACUCAUGCAAAAGGCAUUGAAGAAAGAAAUAGCACUUCGGCACACAAAACGCAGAAACCGCAGAUUUAUUUCUUCCAGAUUAAGCGCUCUCGGACCCGCAAAAAGAGCUUUUGGGGAAGAUAGACCUGUAGACAGUCAAGAAGUGAAUUUCAACGGGCAUAAUGGUAGUACCUCAGUGCCGUCACUGGAAGAGUCCAGGUCGUUCGGAGAAAAGAAUGCAGAUGAAUUCACAGAAACAGCCGCCGAUAGCCUUCCAAUUGACUACAACCCCACUCAGAGAAGAAGCCCGAGCCCAGAAUAUGAGCAGAUCGAUUUUGGUGAUCUUAAUCCAUAUCAAUAUCUCAAGAAGCACAAUUUACCUACAAGCGAAUUGCCGAAUAUUUCCAGAGUUUAUUUUGAAAGACAGAAAGGAGAAAACCGCAAAGUGGCCAUCCGCAAAAACAGUUUUACAAGAGAAGCGCUCGAAAAGAGGUUAGCAUUUAAAGGCUCUUCGGACGCCGCUUCAACCGGUUUUACCGAUGUCAAAGCUGAUUCUUUCGUCUCAGAAAGGCAACCUCGUCGAAAAUUCAGCGCUUACUCAAGAAACUCUAACAUCAAUACACUUUCUUCUCCCAUCCCAGCACCGAAACAUAUCAAUGCCAGCCAGAUCGAAGCGCAAGGAGAAAUUUUAUUUGGUGAGAAGCAUGCUGACUCUAAGGCACAACAACGGCAAUCAGAACUUUUGAGGAAAAGAGAAGCCCUUUCUACCCUCAACAUAAACAGCCGGCUGAACGAUGGAAGGCAACAUAAGAGACCGAAACACUUGGGUGAUGGUGCAAACGGGCCAGAGCCAUUCAAUUCAAAGUCCUAUCAUGAACACGAGUUUCAGUCUGCAAAAGAUGUGCAAAUGCCUUAUGGCCGUGAAGUCUCGAGGAAGAAACAUGUGGAGAUACAGGAGCCCUACAAGGCUGAAAUUGUACCACUUAAACCUUCAUCGACAUAUCACGAACCCUCUUAUAGAAGACGUCCUAUCGUUGAUGUGAAUGGAGUUGAAUACGAAAAGAUGGAACUCCUUGGGAGAGGGGGGACAUCGAAGGUCUACAAAGUCAAAAGUUUAACGAGUAGUAAAGUUUAUGCUUUGAAAAGGGUAUCAUUUGACGAGUUUGACGAUAGUAGUGUUGAUAGUUUUAAGGGUGAAAUUGAGCUUUUGAAGAAACUGGAAGGUCAACCGCGCGUGGUGAAAUUAAUCGAUUACGAAAUGGAUCAUGGGGUUCUGUACGUCGUAAUGGAAUGCGGGGAUCACGACCUCUCUCAAAUUUUAGCGCACCGUUCCUCUAUGCCUUUGGACGUUGAGUUUGUGAGGUAUCACGCACAGGAAAUGCUGAAGUGUGUCAAAGUGGUUCACGAUGCGGGGAUAGUACACUCUGAUUUGAAACCUGCAAACUUUGUCUUUGUCAAAGGCAUACUAAAAAUUAUCGACUUUGGCAUUGCAAAUGCGGUUCCCGAUCAUACCGUUAAUAUAUACCGCGAAACUCAGAUAGGCACACCCAACUACAUGGCUCCAGAGGCAUUGGUGGCUAUGAAUUUCACGCAUGGCAAAGACGCCGAACAAAACCGCUGGCGAGUAGGUAAACCGUCAGAUAUAUGGUCCUGUGGUUGCAUAAUCUACCAAAUGAUUUAUGGUAGACCUCCUUAUGGCGGGUUUCAAGGUCAGAACAGGCUUUUGGCUAUAAUGAAUUCAGAAGUGAAGAUUGUAUACCCCGAGAAGACAGCUUCGGGUAUAACCGUUCCACGAACAUCUCUGGACGUCAUGAAAUCCUGCCUAGAAAGACAGCCUGACAAGAGAAGCACUGUUGAUGAGCUGCUGACAAGUUCUUUUAUUAAGCCCGUUUCAGUCACCCAUUUUUUUGUCAGAGACCUUAUCAAGAACGCGGUUAAAUACGGUGCUACUCAGGUAGAGGUCUCAGAUCAAAAGGUAGAGGACUUGGCAGAUGAUGUGUGGCAAAGGUUAGCCGAUUUUAAAUUAUGA